GAGUGCAUCUCAAUCCACGUGGGCCAGGCCGGCGUCCAGAUCGGCAACGCCUGCUGGGAACUGUACUGCCUGGAGCAUGGAAUCCAGCCUGAUGGUCAGAUGCCCAGCGACAAGACCAUCGGUGGCGGGGACGACUCGUUCAACACGUUCUUCAGCGAAACCGGGGCUGGCAAGCACGUGCCCAGAGCAGUGUUCGUGGACCUGGAGCCCACGGUGGUCGAUGAAGUUCGCACUGGGACCUACAGGCAGCUCUUCCACCCAGAACAGCUGAUAACAGGGAAGGAAGAUGCUGCCAACAAUUAUGCCAGAGGACAUUACACCAUUGGCAAGGAGAUUGUAGACCUGGUCCUGGACCGGAUCCGCAAACUGGCGGACCUGUGCACGGGACUGCAAGGUUUCCUCAUCUUCCACAGCUUCGGGGGCGGCACGGGCUCCGGCUUCGCGUCUCUGCUCAUGGAGCGCCUCUCGGUCGACUACGGCAAGAAGUCCAAGCUGGAGUUCGCCAUCUACCCUGCCCCGCAGGUGUCCACGGCCGUGGUGGAGCCCUACAACUCCAUCCUGACCACGCACACCACCCUGGAGCACUCGGACUGUGCGUUCAUGGUGGACAACGAGGCCAUCUACGACAUCUGCCGCCGCAACCUGGACAUCGAGCGCCCCACCUACACCAACCUCAACCGCCUGAUCGGGCAGAUCGUGUCCUCCAUCACGGCCUCCCUGAGGUUCGACGGGGCCCUGAACGUGGACCUGACCGAGUUCCAGACCAACCUGGUGCCCUACCCGCGCAUCCACUUCCCGCUGGCCACCUACGCGCCGGUCAUCUCGGCCGAGAAGGCCUACCACGAGCAGCUCUCGGUGGCGGAGAUCACCAACGCCUGCUUCGAGCCCGCCAACCAGAUGGUCAAGUGCGACCCUCGCCACGGCAAGUACAUGGCCUGCUGCAUGCUGUACCGGGGCGACGUGGUCCCCAAAGACGUCAACGCGGCCAUCGCCACCAUCAAGACCAAGCGCACCAUCCAGUUUGUGGACUGGUGCCCGACUGGCUUUAAGGUGGGCAUUAACUACCAGCCCCCCACCGUGGUCCCCGGGGGAGACCUGGCCAAAGUGCAGAGGGCCGUGUGCAUGCUGAGCAAUACCACCGCCAUCGCCGAGGCCUGGGCCCGCCUGGACCACAAGUUCGACCUCAUGUAUGCCAAGCGGGCCUUUGUCCACUGGUACGUGGGAGAGGGCAUGGAGGAGGGAGAGUUCUCCGAAGCCCGCGAGGACCUGGCAGCGCUGGAGAAGGACUACGAAGAGGUGGGCGUGGAUUCUGUGGAAGCGGAGGCCGAGGAAGGGGAAGAGUACUAA